AUGGCGGUCGAUUGGCUCCUUAAGCAAUGGCUCCCAAACCUUUCGAAAUGCCCCAAGGUGCGGAUUGCUUGCGAUGGUCUCUCUGCUAUUGAGAUGGCUUUCGAAGAUCGCCCCCUGUCUCCAACUGACGCCCAGUUUGACUUGGUGUCAUCCAUUUGGGAAGCUAUCUUUUGGUCCUCGGUGGAUUGGUCGCCCCAGCACGUGUAUGGCCAUCUCGACAAGUCCAAUCUCUUUGACGAACUUUCUUGGUGGGAGAAACGGAACCUUGAGGUGGAUGGAAUGGCGGCGGAGUACCGUAAGGAACUUGAGACGGCCAAUCAUCUCAUAGUCCCCAAUCCUCGUUUCUUCACUGAACUUGCGGCAUUGUACGUGGCAGACACCAAACAGUCACGCCUUGAUCCUCAGUUCAUCCAAGAGUGCUGUGUGACCCUUCCCGCCCUCCGCUCGCGCUGGAGGGACAAAGGUACUAUCUCGGUCGCAGCCGAGUCUGAGAUCGCCUGGGACACACUUGGCCGAGCCAUGCGAUCCCUCCCUGCAGGACUACAAGGGUGGUCUACUAAACAUUGUGUGGGUAUGUGCGGCACAGGCAAACUUAAAGUUCUAUGGGGUCUGGAGACAUCAGCAGCCCCACGCUUUGGCGACUUCAAGGAUCAUCUUCACAUUCCCCGUUGCCGCGCUGCUUUGGCAACAGCUGAAUGGGACCGUCGCACUGCAGCCUUAUCCGCGUGGCUGGACCUGCAAUUGACGGGCCCUUCCAUCAAAACAGCGAUCCUACAGCUUCUUCACGGCGUUCGCACACCUACUUCGUCCCCUCUAAGGACCAUCUCUCCUUCGGUUCGGCCGGCCUUCUUGGUUCAGCAGGUGAUUGGGUCUCAAGGCCUUUUGGAGGGACGCAUAGCCUUGUCUUGGCUUCCGCUCCAACAACAACAUUAUGACAAGAUCAGAUGUCGACGAUCUGUCUCUCUUUGGGCGUCCCGCCUCUCACAGCAGCUGAUCUCGAUCGGCUUCUACAUGUGGGAGCAGCAGAACUCCGUUCAACAUUCGGAUGAUAACGUUCAACUACGUGAACGUCACAGUACUGCCAAUGAGGGGAUUCACUCACACUUUGAUAUGGGUCCUGAUGACUUGCCUAAGGAAAUUCAACCGAUGCCAACAAGCCCUCAACGAGUCCUUCGUAAGUCAUUGGUGGACAAGAAAGAGUGGCUUAAGUUGCUUUGUCAGGAACGCAGAGAUUUCCGUCGCUCCAUGAAAGCUCAACGCCGCAGUCUGCGGACUAUUUUUUCCCCUGGACCCUGA